AUGCAUCUUAUAGCUGUUCAUGAUACAGCUGGAGCAAGUAAUCCUUUAGGAGUACCUGGUUAUUACGAUAGAAUGCCUUUUGCUCCAUACUUCUUAUUCAAAGAUUUAGUUACUAUAUUUAUCUUCUUAUUUGGUUUAAGCUUAUUCGUAUUCUUUAUGCCUAAUGUAUUAGGUGAUAGUGAAAAUUACGUAAUGGCUAAUCCAAUGCAAACUCCAGCUGCUAUAGUACCUGAAUGA